GCGUCUUCAAGAGGUUGCGUUGCCUUGUUUUUCGUGCACUAGUGUUGAAAAAGUUUGAUAUCACCAAUCUUUAAACGUUUUCAUUAAAUGCGGAAUUCUACAUUUUAUAUUACCAAACCGAUCGUUUACGAGUGCUUACCACACAAUCCAUUCAGACGGUGCAAUUUUUCUAGUGAUUCUGGGGAUUCACAAUGUUUAACAAAACCUCGAUAUAAAUGGGCUCUAUAUGACAAAAGUGUAACUGAUAAUGAUCCACAUAAAACUUCCAUAAUUUUAUUCCCAGGACAAGGAUCUCAUUUUGUCGGGAUGGGCAAAGAUCUUAUAAAGUUACCAAAGAUAAAGCAAAUGUUUCAAUGUGCUAAUGAAAUAUUAAGAACAGAUAUUCUUCGUACUUGCCUUGAGGGUCCUGCUUCAAAAUUAUCAAAAACCAUUCAUUGUCAACCAGCUACUUUCAUAAUUUCUUUGGCAGCCCUUGUAAAGCUUCGAGAAGAAAAUGAAGAGUUAAUUAAAAAUUGCGUGGUUACAGCAGGGUUUAGUCUUGGCGAGAUCAGUGCUUUAGUGUUUUCGGGUGCCCUGACGUAUGAAGAAGGUCUGCAUAUUAUUCGUGUCCGAGCAGAAGCUAUGCAAAAAGCUUGUGAUGAGAAGGCUGGAGCAAUGAUUACUGUUUUCGUCAAUCCUGGAUCCCCGUUAAAACUUGGUAUAGCAGCAGCUAUCAAUCAUUGCGAGGUUCGCCACAAAAUUCAAAACCCUUGUUGUAAAGUCGCUAACUAUUUAUAUCCAGAUUGCAAAGUAAUCGCUGGAAAUAAAGAGGCAAUCGACUUUAUUGAAAAUCAUGCUGGUCAAUUUGGAAUACGUCGAACCAAACGAUUACCAGUUAAUGGAGCUUUUCAUACUCCUUUGAUGUCCUCUGCCCGGAAAAUUAUUGCUAAUUCACUAGACAGGAUGGGAGAUUUUCAGGAACCUUCGAUACCUGUUAUUAGUGCCGUAGAUGUGUUACCGUAUAGAGGUACAAUGAAUAUUAAACGAAAACUUGCUAUGCAGAUUGUCCGUCCUGUAAGAUGGGAGCAAACGUUGUAUGCACUAUAUGAUCGUCCACUAGAUGUCCCUUUUCCUCGUACAAUUGAAUCUGGUCCUGGGCGACAACUUGGUGCUAUGCUGAGGAUGGUCAGUCGUAGAGCGUUUGAUACUUACAGCUCUGUGGACGUGUAGAUGUGUCAUUCUCUUCAGUCGCAUUUAAUGUAUACCCAUGUAUAUACUGACCAACAUGUACAGCUAAGCAAAAUAUAUUAGCAAAAUAAACUCGAGGAUUUUAUUUGGCGAUAAAUGAUUUAGUGAUGUAAUAGUUUUUUAGAGGCGUAGUUUAUUUGUGAUUUAUCUUUUCACCUCUGUAAGUUACGAUAUUCUUUUCAGUUUCCCAUAUUUUAACUUCAUAAAGUAAAUUAUUAGGGACAGCAUUGACUAAUUGUGACCAUACAAAAACUGCUAGGUUUUCCGUAGUUGAUACAAUACUAUUCUUUUUAAAAUAUUCAACAUCUUCAUCGAUAUUUUUAUGAUCUAAUAGGUCAAGAACAUGUUUUUGAAUAACUGAUUUUAAGUCACUUAUGUUCAUAACCAUACCGGUUCUUUGAUCAAUAGGUCCUGAAACUGUGAUCUCCAGUUUGUAAUUAUGACCAUGUCCCAUAGGAUUAUUACAUUUUUGAAACAUUUUAACAUUUUCUUCAUCACUAAGAUGUUGUGAAUGAAGGCGAUGACAGGCGGAGAAUGAUUCUACUCUCGUGAGGUAACAUAGAGCACUCAUCUGUGAAGUAUUACAUAUAUAUAGUCCUGUUAAAAGAAACAAAAGUUAGCUAUAAUAGUUUAGCAUAAAAUCAACUAUCAAUAUUUGAAAACUUCCUCAAUGACCAUUAUCUUUAUACGAUAAAAUGACUGCACAACAAAGGGAGUCCUCGUCAUUAGUAAUACCGAAAAAGCUAAAUGAGUGACCGUUUUUAAUUCUUUUAAGACCUAGUUAAAUAAAGCAACUAGUAACAAGGAGGAAUUUUACCGUUCCGUAGUACAAAGAAAGCAAGUAAUCCUUGGUCUCAUUGUGUAAAAGGUGUUAACGUACAAACCCAGUGACUAAAUUUAUUUUUAAGUACAUAAAUAUUGGUACAAGGAAGUAGCGAAUCUAUAUAUGCCGCGCUUCAUCAUUCGAUUUGUGUGAGGCCUGGGAUAUUGCUCGGGCGCUCGAACUGAGUCAGGCGGUUUUCUUAUGAGGCCACUCCCCAUACCUUUGACCUAGACAGUUAAUGAACAAGGCAUUUCGGUAACGUUAGGAGAUGCAGUUCCACGGUAGCCGGUCACUAACAAUUGGUUCAUACGCCAUUU